GGCAUCGUCCAGCUAGUGCAGACUCGACUGCGUGGCGAUGGCCCAUGUGUAUCUAGCCCGCAGUUGCCCGCAUAUGCAUCUGCAGUGUUGAGUGACAGUCGCCAGUACGAAGCUUCACUCGGUUGAUGUCCUGCUGCAUCCUCUUUCACUCGAGCUCCAGAUAGGCAUGAAUGGUUCCAUCGUCGUGUUGAUUGCUUUGCGUCCCUCUUGCCGUUGUUCUUCGAAGCGCUGACGGUCACACCUUCUUCGGUUUUCUUAUUGUCCACACUUUCGACAUGACUAGCCUGGGCUUUACAGAGCGCCUGAGCCUCAGUUGGAUCACUGUCGUGGGUGGACUUGCUUCCCUGAGCCUUGCUUACUGGGUACUCAGCGUAUUUCUGUCAUACCGAAAGCUACGGCAUAUCAGAGGACCCUGGCUAGCUUCGAUCUCUCCGCUAUGGAUGUUCUACUAUACUUGCCGUGGCACUCUGUACUUGGCUGUCGAAGAUGCCCUCAAGAAAUAUGGCUCUCCGGUUCGAAUCGGUCCAGAUUAUAUCGCGACGGAUGAUCCAGUUAUUCAAAGACAGAUGGCUGCCCCAAGGUCGCCAUUCAUGAGAGGACGGUGGUUUAAAGGCAUGAAGUUUGACACCCGCAAGGAUAAUGUGCUAUCGAUGAGCGACGAGAAGGCUCACGCCGAACUGAGGGCAAAAUUGAUGCCAGGAUACACUGGCAAUGAGGUCCCUACUCUCGAGCGGGAUAUAGAUGCUCGAGUGGUUGAGUUAUUGGAUCUGAUUCAACGCGCUUAUGUGGAUAAGAAUGAAGCCAUGGAUUUUGCAGUAUUGGCAGGGUAUUUCACCCUUGACAUACUGACGCAGAUCGCAUUUGGCCAGGCCCUAGGCUUUUUGAUCAAGAACGAGGACCUCUAUGACUAUCACAAAUCGUCGAGUCAGUUCUACCCCAUCAUGGAGCUCAGUUCCAAUCACCCAAUGAUUCUCUCGAUUCUUCGCAGCAGGAUAAUGCAGGGUGCCGCACCCAAACCAACAGACAAGAUCGGAUUCGGGGCGAUUGUGGGAGUUGCUCAUAAGGCGGUAGCUGAACGGUUUGGUCCUGAUCCAAAGAAGGUGCAGGACAUGUUGGGUUCGUUUGUCAAUCAUGGCCUGACGCAGCAGGAAUGUGAGGUCGAGACACUGUUGCAGAUUCUCGCUGGCGCAGAUUCGACGGCGACCGCCCUGCGCACAACGUUCUUGUUCAUCCUGACAAGUCCCUCGGCGUACGUCAGACUCAGAGAGGAGAUUGCGGCGGCUGUUGAGUCAGGCGAUGUCUCAUAUCCCGUGAUCAAGAACAGCGAGGCCCAGAACCUUCGGUACCUCGAAGCAUGCAUCCAAGAGGGGUUGCGCAUGUUCAUGCCCCUACAAGGCCUCGCUGGCCGAGUGUCGCCGUCCCCCGAUGGGGCUACUGUGAAUGGGGUGUUUAUCCCUCCCGGCACAGAAGUUGGCAUAGCUACGUAUGCGAUGGGCCACCGUCGCGACUUUUACGGACCAGACGCGGACACUUUCAGGCCGGAAAGAUGGAUUGACAACGACCCAGAGACCAUCAAAGGCUACGAAAGGAUCAACGAGUUGGUUUUUGGCGCAGGCCGCUCAAGCUGCUUGGGGAAAAGAAUUGCUCUGAUGGAACUGAGAAAGGCCAUUUUUGAGCUUCUUCGCCGCUACGACUUUACUCUCGUCAAUCCAUUUAAUCCAGUAAAAGUCCGCUCAAACUCGGUGGUCAUCCAGACAGAUAUGUACGUGCGAGCGUGGCCGAGGAAAGCCAACUAAGGGUAUCAAGCUCUGCGUCGAGUGGAGGUGAAAUCUAUUCGCUUUACGAAGAUUCUCAGCGAGUGCAAGUAAGCAAUGGAACCUGAACCGGAGGCGGAUUUCCUAGCAACGACUUCCUAUUAUCAGCAUAAGUAGCUCGACACCUGCA